AUGUGUAAUCCAACACCAUCUUCCCCAUCCAAUUUUGUCAUUUCCAAGAAUACCCAUCAUCAUAACAACGACCCCCCUAAAUCUAUUCAUGAUGAUCAUCAUCUUCAUUCAUGGCCAACCCCUUGUGAGGCAUUGGAAGAAAUCAAAGCCAUUGGGAAGAUUUCUGGACCAACAGCAGUCACUGGCUUAUUACUAUACUCCAGAGCUAUGAUCUCCAUGCUGUUUCUUGGAUAUCUUGGUGAGCUUGAACUCGCCGGUGGCUCUCUCUCCAUCGGCUUUGCCAACAUCACCGGUUACUCCAUUAUCUCCGGCUUAGCCAUGGGUAUGGAACCCAUUUGUGGUCAAGCUUAUGGCGCCAAACAAAUGAAACUUCUGGGGAUAACUUUACAAAGAACAGUCCUUUUACUUGUGUCAACUUGUCUCCCAAUCUCUUUCAUGUGGUUCAACAUGAAGACUAUCUUGUCAUGGUGUGGCCAAGAUGAAGAGAUCUCAUCUGCAGCUCACACUUUCAUCGUUUUCGCCAUUCCGGACCUCUUCUUGCUGUCACUUCUUCACCCUCUUCGUGUUUAUCUUCGAGCUCAAAACAUCAUCCUACCUUUAACUUACUGUUCCGCAGUUUCGGUUGUCUUACAUGUGCCAUUGAACUUCUUGCUUGUUGGGUAUUUCAAGAUGGGGAUUGCUGGGGUGGCAAUUGCAAUGGUUCUCACUAAUCUUAAUCUGUUGUUUCUUCUUUUCACGUUUGUGUACUUCUCGGGGGUUUACAGGGACUCGUGGGUGGCACCAAGUGCCGAUUGUCUCCGUGGCUGGUCUUCGUUGCUGGCACUUGCGAUUCCCACGUGUGUUUCGGUGUGUCUCGAGUGGUGGUGGUAUGAGUUGAUGAUAAUGUUGUGUGGGUUACUGUUAAACCCUAAAGCAACCGUUGCUUCAAUGGGGAUUUUAAUCCAAACCACUUCGUUGGUCUAUGUUUUCCCGUCGGCAUUGAGCCUUGGGGUGUCGACUAGGGUUGGGAACGAGCUCGGUGCGAACCGGCCGGCUAAGGCUCGGAUUUCGAUGAUUGUUUCCCUUUUCUGUGCUGCCUUUUUAGGCAUUGUUGCAAUGGUGUUCACAACAUUAAUGAGACACCAGUGGGGUCGGUUUUUCACCAACGAUUCCGACAUUCUUGAUCUCACUUCAGUCGCAUUGCCGAUAGUCGGGCUAUGCGAGCUCGGCAACUGCCCUCAAACCACCGGUUGUGGCGUGCUGAGAGGCAGUGCAAGGCCCACCAUUGGAGCCAAUAUCAACUUGGGUUCAUUUUAUUUGGUCGGAAUGCCGGUAGCCAUCGUCAUGGGGUUCGUCUUGAAAAUGGGGUUCGCCGGACUAUGGCUAGGGUUGCUUGCAGCUCAGGGAUCAUGUGCUUUGCUCAUGCUAUAUGUUCUUUGUAAAACAGAUUGGGUUGUUGAAGUUGAAAGAGCCAAAGAGUUAACAAAAUCACCAUCAUCUUCAUCUUCAUCUUCAACAACUUGUAAAUCUCCUUCUAAACCUUCAUUAUCGACUGCAAACAAGAAUCCAGCCAUGGAAGCUUAUAAUCUUGAAGAAAUCAAAGUAUGUAAAGCUGAAAAUGAGGUUGAUCUGAUCCUGAUGAAGAAGUUACCCGAAACUUGUUCAGCUGAAACAGAUCCACUGAUUAUGCAUUAUUAGUUGAUACCCAAAACUUCAAUAUUUUCUCAUUCUUUUGUUUCCCCACUGAUUGUAUUUGACACUGAGAAGUAAUUAGGGAGUAGUUGUUGUAUGUUUUUAAAUCUUUUUCCUUUUUCUGUGUCUUAAUUGUUCUUGAUUCUGAUGCCUUCUUUUACCCUAAAAGAUCAUGCAGUUGUAAAAUGGCUGAGCUGCAUACAUAUAUGCA